AUGCAAGUCACCGUCUUCAGUGACCAAGCCUACAUCAACAGAUGCGUCGACGUUGAAGCUGCUCUAGCUCGCGCCCAAGCCCAAUGCAAUGUCAUUCCCGUCGAUGCAGCAGCAGACAUCACCUCCAAAGCCAAUGCCACCAGCCUCGAUAUGGACCGGCUGCGCAACGAGACUGAUGUCGUCGGAUACCCAAUCCUUCCGCUUGUGCGUCAGCUGAACGACAUGUGCGGUUCUGCUGGAAAGUAUCUGCACUGGGGUGCUACAACUCAAGAUAUCAUGGACACGGCGAGUCUGUUGCAAAUCAAGUCUGGUCUUGAUAUCGUUGAGACCAAGUUGACUGGCGUGAUAAACGCGCUUCAAGAUCUUGCAGUUACGUAUCGCGACACACCCAUGGCUGGAAGGACACAUCUCCAACAUGCACUCCCUGUUACCUUUGGCUAUAAAUGCGCCGUGUGGCUAUCAAGUCUGUACCGCCAUAGAGAGCGACUUCAGCAAUUGAAGAGCCGUUCUCUUGUCGUUCAAUAUGGCGGUGCAGCCGGGACUCUGGCGUCCCUCGGCGAUGGUCCCGAAGGCGUCAACGUGCGAAAGCAGCUCGCUGCAGAACUCGGCCUGGAGAACCCAUCAAUCACCUGGCAUGUUGCCCGCGAUGGCAUCGCCGAAGUGACAAACUUCCUAGCCCUCAUCGGCGGCUCCCUCGGCAAAAUCGCAUUAGACCUAAUAAUCAUGUCCUCCAACGAACUCGGUGAAGUAGCAGAACCCUUCGUCCCCCACCGCGGCGCCUCAUCCACGAUGCCCCAGAAGCGCAACCCCAUCUCCAGCGAAGUAAUCCUCGCCGCCUCCAAAAUCCUGCGCUCCAACGCCAGUCUCGUUCUCGACGGUAUGGUAUCUGACUUUGAACGCGCAUCAGGACCAUGGCAUUUAGAAUGGGUAGCGGUACCUGAAAGCUUCGUCAUAGCAGUUGGAGCGCUUCACCAAGCUGAGUUUGCGCUUGCUGGUCUUGUUGUGGAUAAGGAGCGUAUGGCGGAUAAUCUUGCUUCUACGAGGGGACUUAUUGUUGGUGAGGCGUUGAUGAUGGCGUUGGCGAAGUUUGUGGGGAGGCAGGAUGCGCAUGAUAUUGUUUAUGAGGCUUGUAAGGUUACUAUUGAGAGUAAGGAUGGGAGUACGCUGCUUGAUACGUUGAAGAAGGAUGGGAGGGUGACCAAGCAUCUGUCUUUGAGUGACCUGGAGAGGCUCUGUGAUCCUAUUAAUUAUUUGGGGUCGGCGCAGCGUAUGGUUGACGAUACCUUGGCUGGGAAUGCAUCUUAA